AUGAAAAUCACGACUGCCAUCGCCUUUCUUGCAGCCAGCAUAGCUGGUGUAGCUGCAUCUUCUACAAUAACAUACAAUGUCAUUUCACUUAUUUCAGAUAACCAGACGCUUGGUGUCAUUGUAGAUGAUGAAAUUUACCCACUCACUAGCACAGAUGAUGCUUCUACUUUACUCCACAAGGGUAAAGCGCCUGUUGCAAGCACAUCUUACAAAUAUGCUAUUCUCAACAAGGACAAUACCACCAACAUCAUUGAUCAAGAGAGUUUCUCUAGAGACCCCAUCACAAACUCUAGCAAAACACUAAACGAAUACUAUGGCAGAUUUUGGAAUAGUAAAUCUCUGGAUCAGGUUCCAACUAUCAUGGAUCCUCUUCCUAUUAUCAACCGUAUUGAUUCUGAUCUUCAUAUCGAUGGUGAAAUCCCUACAAUCCACAUCACUGGUAAUCAGACAGCCAUUGAUUACAUUCAUGCCAAUGCAGAAUCCGAUAUAGAUAUUACUGGCUUAAAAUUGGCAUACAUAAGUCCUUCAGAUGUCAAGUCCUUUAAAAACAUCACUCUUGCCGUGUCUGGUCAUUCUACGCGUAGCUAUGACAAGCUUUCUUACAAGGUCAAGCUCCAGAAAGACGAUGAUUUGUACAAUUACCGUCGCCUCAAGUUGAGAUCCAUGUCUACUGAUGCCUCUUACAUGAGAGAAGAAAUAGCCUAUGAUAUUGCCAAAUCCAUUGGUAUGCCUACAAGCGACUAUAGUUACGUCCGCGUCUAUUUUAACAAUCAAGCGAUUGGUCUGUUUGGUUUGGGAGAAACGCUCAAGAAUCCAUGGCCAAAGAACGAGUUCAAUAAUGGCAAAAAGUACAAUCAAGGCGCUUUGUUUGUUGCUGAUGUGAGUGGCAACCAAGGCGGCGGCACCUCUUCCUCAGCAAUAAGUGCGCCUUUAGGUCAAAACCAAACAGAAAUUGGUGCUUCUGGACAACAGCAACAAAAUCAAACAAUGGGUAGCUCUCCUCCAAGCGGUGGCAUGGAGGGCGGUGGUGCUGGUGGCGGUAACAGCAUGGUUCAAGGAUCUUCCUCUGAUUUGAGCUAUCUCGGUGAUAACACGACUCUCUAUACUUUACACUACCCAGUAAAAGAGGAUCCCAGAACUGGCUCAGCUAAUUAUACUCGCAUUGUUGAACUGACCAAAUUCAUCUCUGAACAAUCUAAUGUCACAUCUGAUGACAGCGCUGCCAGUCUUUGGGAACAAUACAUGGAUGUCACUAGCUUCUUGCGAGGAUUAGCGCUUGAAAUUGUGAUUUCUGACUCGGACGGCUACUUUACCAUGGGCAACAAUUACAUUCUUUACGAUGACCUUGACAAUGAACGCAUCCUUUUCUCUGGCCAAGACUUUGAUCUUACCAUGGGUACUUCGAUCAAUAAUGCCACCUUGAUGAACAGUGGCAACUAUUCCGAUUUUCCCAACUUCUCUACGCGUCCAUUGACAUCUCGUCUAUUCUUGGUGCCUGAAUUCAAGCAAGAGUUUGAGAAUUUGAUUGUCAACAUGACAAAAGCACUUGUCAACCCUGAUAUACUGACUUCUCGUAUCAAUCAACUGUAUGAAAUGCUGCAAGAAGACGUUGCCUGGGACAAGAGCUUGCCACGUGUUGCUGCUAGUAAUUCCUCUUCAUCGCCCACUUCCAAAGGGAUGGGAAGCAGCUCAGUGGAUGACCAAACAUUUUAUGCCGGUGUCUAUGGUCCUACUAAUGCCUCCACAUCUUUGGCAGAGUGGUUGGCUCUUCGUAGUAGCAAUAUCUUGACUUUUUUCAACGAAUCCAUUUAG